AUGCAGCAGGGGGGGCAAGAGGGGGCCAGGCCAGCCUGCGUGGCAAAGAUGUGGGGUUUGCUGCACACGCAGCGCAGCCCCCGUCUGCAGGGCCAGGGGGGCGACAGUGUGAGAGACGGCCACAGCCGCCCCAGUGGUGUUGAAGAGGCGUGCUACAUCCAGCUGCCGAGAGUCGACGAAGGCGACGAUGCCGCACAGCAGGCCAAGCAGCAGGCCAUCCACCACACACAGACGUCGACAGACCAUCCCAAGGUCACCCUGCAAUGCCCUUGUGGCACAGUGACCAGCGGCUGCCUCUGAUGAGUGGUGUCUGUGUGCGUCUGUCUGUCCACUGCAGAUGGCGUCGGCGUCGAGUGAGCAUAUUCCUCUGCUGCUGGACGAUGGCCAAGGGCUGAUGGAGCCCCAGCUGCCGGACGUCACCGAUGACAUCACCAAGGCACCGAGACGCUUCGAGCAGGUGGGCUGGUGUGAGUCGACUCUGAGGCCUCUCGGACGUCUGUGUGUCAUCUGCAGGUCCCCUUGGUGGGUGCCCCGGCCGCCGACGAUUGGGAACCGACGGACGCACUGAAAGACAGCAUCAAGAAGGCCAUCGAGGAAUCAGAUGUGGAGGGCCUGCGGAAGGUCCUCGACGGUCUGUCGCCUGAGCAAACCGAGAAAGCCCUGACGACUGGAAAGUGGAACCACGACUUCCUGACAUCUGCCAUUCACUAUGCCGCAUGUAUGCAUCGUCGCAUCACAACACACACAUGAUGAUGCAGCUGCCUGGCCCCUGUGUGUGCUCCUCAGGGGAGCGUAAGGAUGUGGCGGUGUUUGAGGUGCUGCUGGACAACAGACGCCACCUGCUCAACCUGAAAGAUAAGAAGGUAUCGUGCUCGACAAUUACACUCAUUCUGCCCAUUGGCUGACCGAUCUUCUCACUCCUACCCUCAUGAUGUGUCUGUAGUAUGGCGGGACGCCCCUUCAUUUGGCAGCAGGAGAAGGGUUAGUUGGUGUUGUAGAGAAGUUUGUCGAGUGGGGCGGAAAGGAGCUGCUGGAAGCUCGGACCAAGGUAAGGACGAGGGGACGUCGACUGGUGCAUUGAACAGCAUGUGUCUUCUUCAUUUUGUGUCUAUAGUUUGGCAACACGCCUCUUCAUUGUGCAGCAAGAAAGGGGUCAGUUUGGGUUGUGGAGAAGUUUGUCGAGUGGGGCGGAAAGGAGCUGCUGGAAGCUCGUGACAAUGUAAGGAUGAGGGAAUGUCGACUGGUGCAUUGGACAGCAUGUGUCUCUUUCAUGCUGUGGAUGUAGAGUGGCGAGACGCCUCUUUAUUGGGCAGCAAGUCAGUCCCUCCUGCAAAUGACAGCCACACAAGUGCAUGAGUCUUCAACGUGUCUCUUGGGAAUGGCAGUGUCGAUGUGGUGGAGUGGAUGUUGAGGGUGAACCCACAGCUCCUGAAGAUCCAAGACAAAGUAAGUUGCACUGCACCUAUCGAGCCCCGUGCCUGAACUGUCCCUGGUUAUGUGACUCUGAUAGAACGGAAGGACGCCUGUCGAUGCUACCCUCAAGAGAAAAAAGGAGCCGAAAGUCCUCGCUGCGAUGGUUGUGUUGGUUGAGGACCUGGCUGUGAAGCUGGUCGAGCGGGGCGCGAAAAUGGAAGAUGUGACCGCUCAGGAUCUCAAGGAGAUGGUGCCCCUCACGAAGGGAUACCUGAAGGACCGCUCUGAGUCGCUGGGCCUCGGCAGCCUUCGCUUGUGUGCCAUCUUCCGCAAGCUGAUGCAGACACGACAGAAGGACUCCCUCACAGAGUGCGAUUGAACAGAAGGGAAGCGAUACAAUGCUGACAUCUGUAUGUCUGUGUGAGUACCUGCAGUGACAUCGGGACCGUUGCGGACUGGCAGGAAGUAAUCAGGAAGGAACACACACACCUGCAUUCUGCAUUGACCCAUCGGUUCAGGCGCUCACGGCGACUUUCUGCAGCGAUACAGACGAAGCCUUGUUCCGAAACUCACUUGCAGGCAGAGAGAGAGUGGUUUGCGCUGCUCGAGUCUGCGGAGCCCCUGACAGUAGUGACUCAAGGUAGCCAACACAGAGACUUCCCCCCUGUCUAUGUCAAGGCGCUCGUUUCUCCUCCCCCUUCCUGCUGCGAAUGAUUGUGAUAGCCAACUGCAUCUCUCUUGUCGAGAAGCACUGGCAACCACCGUACGAAGGAGGGCCGACGAUACCCCUAUCGCCCCGCGAUGUCUUCAUUACCCGCGUGCUGUCAAUGCUGUUGAUGUAAGACGGCAGCUAUGGACCACAAUGGAGGCAGAGAGAGCGCAUGGCAUCUCUUCUCUGUGUGCUUUGCAGGGUGGCCUUUGUGCUGCUGCACAUCGAGUCCAUCAAGGGGGACAGCAUGAUUGAGAGUGCCGUGAUGGGCCAGUCAGUGUAGCUGUGGGGGGCAGUGCUGACCGGCAGCGGCUUCGUGAUUCAGGAGGCCUUCCAAGUGAGACAGACGAGAGGAGACACGCCUGACUGAAAACUAUGACAUAUGUCAUCGUCUGUGUGUGUGCAGGGCAUCCGGCUGAAGGCAGCCUACUGGGCCGACUCAUGGUACGAGUCCGAAAUGCAGAGACAACCAUACUGGCGACUGCAGAGACACCGAGUGGCGGCUUUAUGUGUGCUGUUGUUGGCAUACAUCACUGCAGGAAUGUCAUCGACAUGUCUUCAAGCCUGGCGAUCGCGGCCUUCAUUGCCGUCCACUUCUUGGGCUACUCUGCCGAGGCGGAAGUGAGCUCAUUGAUCGUCAUAGCGCUGCUCUUUGCGCUGCGCCUCCUGCAAACCGCCAGUCUGCACCCAGCCGUGGGACCACUCAUACUGUCAGUGAGAGAGAGAACCACACGGCCGCACACAGAGAGAGGCGUCUGAUGCUGUGUGUGUGUCAGUGCGGUAGUGAGGAUGUUUUCGGACAUCAGCAUGUUUCUGUGUCUGUACGUCUACAUCCUGCUGGUCUUCGCGGGCGUCUUCACCGUCCUCUCGUCCGACGAAGACCACCAGUACUUCGGCUCCUUCCCCAAAGCCACACUCACUCUGUGCGCAUGGGACCUCAGAGAAGACACAGAGGAAAGGGACACCGGCCUCUCUCCGUCUUGUUGUGUUGUGCAGUUUCUUUGCCGGACAGGGCGACUUCAACGAGGCGCUGACCAACGCCAUAGAGAGCCACGACACGCUGGGGGCCGUCCUGCUGUUCACAUACGUCAUCCUCUCCUCCAUCAUACUCGUACGGCGGCACCACUCGUUCACUCAGCAACACACACACAAUCGAUGGCACCCUCUGUGUCUGCCGCUGCGCAUCAAUAGCUCAACCUGCUUAUCGCGAUUAUGGUGAGACAGACAGAAAAUACACUCAUACGGGACAUUAAGCGGCUCCUGCGUGCGUAUUUGUCUUGUGCGUCAGGCGUCAACGUAUGCGGCCAUCGAGCAGACACAGACCGCACAAUAUCAGUGAGGCGACAACCGACAUGACAACCGACAAGACAGACAGACAGACAGACAGACAGCGGCUGACAAGGACUCUGCCUGCAGGUUACUGCGGAUUCGCGUGCUGAAUGAGUACCUGAAUAUGCCGCUCCACGAAAGACUGCCGCCGCCAUUCAACCUCAUCGGUCGGUGCUAUAAGAGACAUAAACUGCAUCCAUAA